AUGGAUAAGAAGAUGAUUUUACCACUACCCAAGAGCCCAAAGGAAAUGGCAGAAAAUCGAGGCAGAGCGACACUAAGUUGUAACCAAUUUUCGCUUCUUCCAUCCAUUCGUAACUUAGUAAACUACACAGACACAGACAAUUUCGAUGAUACACCAAGGACGUUACCUCCAAUAACUAAACUCUCGAUAAGUCCCCCGUUGACCAUUGCCGAUGAGAAAAAAGUAAAAGCUGAAAAUAAGAUAGACACAAGUGACGCAAUAUUUAGGCCCAGAGCCCACUCAGACUCUUCAUGCUCUUCCACAGAUUCAUUGUCUGAGUUAGAUUUCAAACAAUUGCAAGAAAAGCUACUGCACGAUAGACCAGAACCCGGGUACAUCCACGAAUGGAACCAAAAGCAAGGACGUGGGGCUCGUUACAAGAAGAAAAUACACUGUAAGAAAUGCCACAUUUGCGGGAAAGAAUUCUCUCGUCCAAGCACUUUGAAAACACAUAUAGUGGUGCAUUCACAGGCGAAACCGUUCAAAUGUACAUAUCUUGAUUGUAACAAGAGCUACAAUGUCAAGAGCAAUUUACGAAGACACGAGAAGAAACACAAGUGCCACAAGUGUUGA